AUGUCGUCAUUUGCAUUAUGGUUUACGGAUUCAUCAGACUCCGAGAGUGAUGAAAUUGAAAAAAAACAACAAUUAAGGAUCAAAAGAUUUAAGAUUAGGGACAACUCUAAUCCAUUGGAUUUAUUUAUAAGCUAUUACAGACUUUCAAAGGAGGCCUUUCUAUAUUUACUAAAUAUAUUCGAGGGAAAAACAAGUACCCCUAAAAGGUGUUUUGGAGUUUCACCUAUAAUUAAAUUAGGAGCUGUUUUACGCUUCCUAUCUGAGGGCAGCUAUCAAAAAGGUGUUGCUAACGAUUUAUACACAGGUUUAGCGCAGCCUACGUUCUCUAAAAUAUUAAAAGAAGUUUUAACAACUUUAGAAGCUGAAAUUUGCAGCAGUUUGAUAAAGUUUCUAGAAGAGAAUGAAAGAAAUGAGAUUAAAUUAGCAUUCUAUGAAAAAUUUGGGUUUCCUGGAGUGAUCGGCUGUGUAGACGGAACACACGUUAGAAUUAUAACUCCGUCAAAAAAUCAUCAGCAUUUAUAUUAUAACCGGAAGGGUUAUCAUAGCUUAAACGUUAUGUUGGUUUGCGAUCAUAAAAUGCGCAUCAGGUAUGUUGAUGCUAAUAAUCCGGGAUCAUCUCAUGAUUCCUUUAUUUGGAAUUACAGCAGGCUAAAUUCAAUACUUUCAAGAGAAAAUAUCAACGGUACACGAAAUACCUGGAUUUUAGGUAAAAGUUUGAUUUUUUUUUACUUUUAUGUUAAUUUCAUAAACAAAAAUUGUUUUUUAGGGGACGCAGGGUACCCACUUAAACCAUACUUGAUCACGCCGUUCAGAACAUAUUUAAAUAGAGGUGACAGCAGUCAAAAAGGAAGAUUUAAUGAGCUUCAUUCCAAAGUACGAAAUAUAAUUGAGAGAACUAAUGGAGUUCUCAAAAAUACAUUCCGCUGCCUGUUGAACGCUCGGGAGCUUCAUUAUACACCAGAGAAAGACACACAAAUUGUGAACGUGUGCUGUGCUUUGCACAACUUAAAAAUCAAAUAUAACGUGCAAGAUGAACCUGUGGAAAUAGAAGAUGAAAAUGAUGAAAACGAUGAAGAUUUAGAGCAGGAUGAAGAAGAUGCCUCUUUAAUAAGAACAAAUAUUAUGAACUCCAUUUUUAAUUUAUAAAUAAA